CGCGCGGGUCGGAGGGCGGCGGUUGGUGCUGCUGCUGCUGUGGCGGUGCUGCGUGCCCGUCUGUCUGUCCGUCCGCCAUGGCGCUCCCCUCGCUCCGGCAGCUGGAGUCGCUGAAAUACGUCGAGCUCCAGCAGAUCGCAAAAGCUACCGGCCUGAAAGCCAACCUCCGGGCAGAUAAAUUGUUGAAAGCACUGAAGCAACAUUUUCAUGGAACAAAACAAGACAAUGAGAAUAUGGACUCUGAAAAAUCUGCAUCUGCUUCCAUGGAAUUGGAUGAACUGAGCAAUCAGGAGGAAAUUAUGCCUGAUUCAGUGUGUUUUAUUACGAAAAGACGUGGUAAAGGAAAGAAAAUAACCAGAAAAAAGAGGAGCUCCAGUGAGGAAACUAAUGCCAGUGAAGAAAAUACAGGGAUUUGUGAUGAGGAAGAGGAGCAUUCUGAAAUGAAAGAAAACGAAGUGCCUCAGGCUGAGGAUCAGAAGGAACAGAAUGUAUUCCAAAAUGAGGAAGAAGUAACUAAAAAGAAAGCUAUUGAGAAUCCAGAUAUGGGUACUGGUCAGAAAGAGCUACCAGAGAUGACUUCUACUAAAAGUAGUGGAGACAUACGUGAUGCUCAUCACGCAGGAGGGAAGAUCCCUUUAUACGUAGGCCGUGCAUCAAGGUCUGGGAAAACAGGAAUGAAAGCUACUACACCAAACUUUAAAAAGUUGCAUGAGGCUCAUUUCAAGAAAAUGGAAUCUAUUGCUGACUACAUUGAGAGGAAAAAAAAAAUGAUUGAAAACUGCAGCAGUUCUCUCAAUGAAGUCAAGGUGCUAGCCAAGAAAUCAAAUCACUUAAGAGCAUCAGAAAAAGGCACUCCACAUAAGAAUUCUAAGAAACAAACCAGUGGCAAAAGAUUUUUAUUCAGCCCAGAUUCAGAAAGAGGCAGAUUCUCCGCCACCUGCACUCCUAGCAACCUCCGGCGUUCACCAUGCAGUUCUCUGAACACUGCCAAUCGGAGUAUUUUAUCCAGGAAAUCGUCAUUUAAUCCUUCUGUCCUUUCAACAACCAAAAUGAAUGUCAGGUUCUCAGAGGCCACAAAAGAUAAUGAGCACAAACGCUCUCUUACCAAGACUCCAUCUAGAAUGUCUCCAUACCUGGAGGUGAUCUGCACACCUGAUAGCCAAAAGAGCUGCAAACUAAUAAGUCAGAAAAACAGCAAGGGAAACGCAAGAAAUAAUGAACUGACUGCAGCAAAGGUUAGCACCCCUUUCAAGUUUUCAGCUCACUCUGCAGAACCCACAAGUGCAAAGAAGACAUUUGAUCUCAAAGCAAGUCUCUCAAGGCCUCUUCGGUAUCAGCCGCACAAAGGACGACUAAAACCUUGGGGAGAAUUUAAAGAAAAUACAGCCCUCAAGAAGUCUGGCAGUAGCAACAUCUCAUCACGUAAGAAAGACUACAAACAGCCUCCUCUCCAGACAAGGGAAGAAAGGCGUCAGAAACAUGAGCAAGAGAGAAGAAAGAAAAAGGAUGAGGCUCUCGGAAACCGUAGAGGACUAUCUGUGGGUUAGGAGGCAGAAGAAAUAUCUAAGAAAUUGCUGUAAAUACUGUUCCUGUCAUGUACAUAUUUGUGCUGUCUGUGUAUGGUUCACAUUGCUAUUAGCUAGUAGAAGCCAGAGAGCAUUGAGUGAGGCCUUACAAUGCAUGCGAGCAUAAUGUUUUAGUGAUCAACUUCUCCAAGGAGAUGAGAGUUCUAAACCUUUAGGAGCUAUCUCUAGUUGCUGAACAGCAUUUUCAUUUAACUAACUCAUUUAACCAAAAGAUGUUAAAGGAGAAAAUGUAAGCAGAAAAAAGACUUAAGAAUCCUCUGUGCAACUUAGGCCAGCGUUCAUUUGUCACCCACCCGAAGGCACACUUUGGAGAGCAACCUUCAAAAUGUUCCACAGGUACAUUACGGGGGUUGGCAAUGUCUGCUUGCCCUGUUCUUAAAUUCUGUAACAGCUACAGCAAUUAUUCACCAUUUCUAGUUGCAUGCCUAUGAAGUAGCAGGGGAAUUCCAAGAGGAGAAAAAAUAUGCAAAAGCUCUCUGGAAAACUAAAAGCUUAGAGUGUAACAUAAUUGUAAAAUACUGUAUUUUUUAAAAAUCACAGCUGAAAAAGUGGCUUUGCAAACUAUCAACUGGAUGCUUUGAACAGUUAAGGUUGUUUUCUUCCUUUCUAUGUUAAAUUGUAGAGAUUAACAAAUUCUUCUGCUUUUCAUCUCUGUGAUGCUUAAUAUGUUACAGUAGCAGUGAGGCACAUUCAAUACCUUAGAUUUAAAAGCUGUUGUUACUUUGAAAAAAUACGUAGAAAAGCUGUCUGGAUUUAUUAUGCGUGGAAUUGAAAAAGCAAUUUAGCAGUUGUAAUCUCAGCUAGAAUUUGGAGCAAAUAAUUGCUUCAAGGAAUGUAGUGUCCUAGCGAGUGUAUGCUGAAAUGUUAAAAACAAUUUCUUUUUUUUAAAUAAACUUAAACUUAAGGGGGGGAAUAUCUUGUACCUCUCCUGUAUCUAGUGUA